AAUCUCACGAGAGAUUCUAGGGAAGGGGCUGAUCUCCAUUGUAGCGAGCGACCAAAUCAUAUCUUGGUAGAAAUAGACUGAGUAUAUCCUGACAUUGUUCGGUGACAGGCGUGCGAUACGCCCCGCUUCUGACAAUAAAGGGACACGGCGAGUUUCCCGAAUCCUUCUUAGACAGGCGGCUUUUUCUUAUGCCUGUGUUUCCUGCUUACACUCAACUUCAAACUGCCAGUGAUGGAGCUGGGCAAAUACAUGAAAGUGUCGAAAUUGGAGACUGGCAGAGACAGUGAGGAAGAUGGCUCUGAUCUCGAAGGACUUCUCCAUCCCCAAGACGGUGCAGUUUCACGACCGACGAAAGCCCGAAGAUGGAAUCUGUCAACAGUUCUCCAUUGGAUAGCACAUGGCAUAACAAUCAUCCUCAUUCUCGGAUUGUAUGUUCGUUCAGAUCGCCAGACACAGAAACGCACGCCACUAUCAAUAUACUCACCUUUGGUAGAAGCCGUUGGGGACGCCUCUCGGAUUGAAACUUUCAAGGGAACCUUUUGGGAGAACAGCCCAUAUCAUGGUCCUCCAACGGACGAGGUGAUGGCUGCAUGGAAGCAUAUCGCUCAUAUUCCCCUUCUGAAUCUUACAGCGGAGGAGAUAUCGCGAAUGGGGCAUUCUCUCGACUCAGUCCAAUACCCCCCAGAACGCGGCGGAGGAUACGUUGCCCAGUUUGAAGCGAUCCAUCAAUUGCACUGCUUGCAUUCCCUCUGGCAGGACCACCAGUACCAGAAGCACCCUGAGAUGUUCCCCGACCUCACCGAGUCAAUCCACGCAUUUCCCGACGUGUCUGAAGAGCAUUAUGAGCAUUGUGUGAAUAUGCUGCGACAGCGAUUGAUGUGUACGCCCGACCCCAACUUCGUCACCUGGCGUUGGGUGGAAGGCAUCACGGGUCCCUAUGCCGACUUCAAUAUCCCGCAUGUCUGCCAGGACUAUGAAGCGUUGCUCGAGUGGGGGCAAAGCCGUGCGGUUGAUGCGGAGGUGAUUCGGGAUUUCUAUUCCUUGGUUGCACCUGCGGAUGCAGUGGUUUUAUCGCAUGCGCCUUGA